AACAAGUGUAAUAGUGUUGUACGAAGACAGGUAUGAAUAAGUUUGUUUAAGUGGUAAUAAAGUGAGUGUUAUGUAUCGAGGAGAAGAGAUGGAAGAGAAAUAUGCAGGUCUGAGAGAGGCCGUGGACAAGGCGGAGAUAGUUGAUGCACACGCCCACAACAUAGUUGCACUCCACUCCUCUGUUCCCUUUCUCAAUUGCUUUUCUGAAGCCACCGGUGACGCCUUAUCCUUUGCACCUCACACUCUCAGUUUUAAGAGAUGCCUGAGGGAUGUCAGCGAACUAUAUGGCUCAGAGUCAUCUUUGCAUGCUGUUCAGCAAUAUCGAAACUCUUCUGGAUUGGAUAGAAUUAGUGCAAUGUGCUUUCAAGCUGCAAGGAUAUCCACCUUACUCAUCGACGAUGGAAUUGAAUCAGACAAGAAGCUUGACAUUGAGUGGCAUAAUAAAUUUGUGCCUAAAACUGGUAGAAUAUUAAGAAUCGAACGUCUGGCUGAGCAGAUUCUCGAUGAUGGAAGCGCUGAUGGAAUAAUAUGGACUCUAGAUACAUUUAUGAGAAUAUUUUUGGGAAAGUUGAAUUCACUUGCGGAUAAAGUUUUCGGUUUGAAAAGCAUAGCUGCAUACCGCAGUGGUCUUAAAAUUAAUACAAAUGUCACACUGGAGGAGGCACAGGAGGGUCUUACUGAAGUUCUUCGUGCGGGGAAUCCUGUCCGCAUUACGAAUAAGCACUUGAUUGAUUAUAUAUUUAUGCGGAGUCUGGAAGUAGCAGUUUCUUAUGACUUGCCGCUGCAGAUACACACAGGGUUUGGAGACAAAGAUCUGGAUCUGAGACUUUGCAAUCCACUUCAUCUCCGAAGUGUUCUCGAGGACAAAAAAUUCAGUAAGUGUCGAAUAGUUCUUUUGCAUGCGUCCUACCCAUUCUCAAAGGAAGCGUCAUAUCUAGCCUCCGUUUACAGUCAGGUGUACCUUGAUUUUGGGCUGGCAGUUCCGAAGCUAAGCGUCCAUGGUAUGAUAACAUCAGUUAAAGAACUUCUGGAACUAGCUCCAAUCAAAAAGGUAAUGUUCAGCACAGAUGGCUGCUUGUUUCCUGAAAGUUUCUACUUAGGUUCAAAGAAAGCACGUGAUGUUGUUUUCUCGGUCUUACGCGAUGCAUGUGCUGAUGGUGAUUUAUCAAUUUCUGAAGCUCUUGAAGCAGUUAAAGACAUAUUUGCAGAUAAUGCAAAACAAUUCUACAAGCUUGAUGCUGCUGCAAAGUUUGUAAGUUCAGAAAAUGGUGCAUCUGACCACUCAAAGCUAGCAAUUGAAAAUGGUAUAUCUCCUCACUCUUCAAAGGUAGCAACUCAAAGCUCAGAGCAAGAUGUGGCUUUUGUUCGGAUGAUCUGGGUAGAUACAUCUGGACAGCACCGAUGUCGUGUUGUUCAGAAAAAACGUUUCCAUGAUUCUGUGAAGACAAAUGGUGUUGGUUUAACUUUUGCUAGCAUGGCAAUGACUUCAGCAGCUGAUGGUCCUGCUGAUGGGACUAAUUUGAGUGGUGUGGGGGAAAUCAGAUUGGUACCUGAUCUAUCAACAAAAUGCAGAAUUCCAUGGGCUAAACAAGAAGAGAUGGUUUUGGCUGACAUGUAUCUCAAACCAGGUGAAGCUUGGGAAUAUUGUCCAAGGGAAGCACUGCGACGUGUUUUAAAAGUUUUGAAAGAAGAAUUUAACUUGGAAGUGAAUGCUGGUUUUGAGAAUGAGUUUUUUCUCUUGAAGAAAGGAUUGAGUGGCGGAAAUGAAGAAUGGGUACCAUUUGACACCUCAUCGUACUGCUCCACUUCAGCAUUUGAUGUUGCUUCCCCUGUACUUUACGAAAUUAUAGCUGCGCUUGAAUCCUUAAAUAUUGCUGUGGACCAGCUUCAUGCAGAAUCUGGUAAUGGCCAAUAUGAAAUUGUACUGGGGUACACAGCCUGUUCUGAUGCUGCUGAUAACUUAAUUUUUACUCGUGAAAUUAUUAGGGCGGUAGCAAGAAAACAUGGAUUGCUAGCGACUUUUGUACCAAAAUAUGCACUAGGUGAGAUCGGCUCUGGUUCACAUGUGCAUAUCAGUUUAUCACAGAAUGGAAAGAACGUAUUUAUGGCAUCUGAUGAAUGUUCUCGCUACGGAAUGUCCAAGGUUGGAGAGGAGUUCAUGUCUGGAGUCCUAAACCACCUACCUUCAAUUUUGGCAUUUACAGCACCAGUUCCAAAUAGUUAUGAUCGUUUGCAACCUCAUAUGUGGAGUGGAGCAUACCUGUGUUGGGGAAAGGAAAACAAAGAGGCUCCAUUAAGAACAGCAUGCCCACCAGGAGUCCCAGAUGGGUUAGUAAGCAACUUCGAGAUCAAAGCAAUUGACGGGUGUGCAAAUCCAUAUCUGGCCUUGUCUUCUAUAAUUGCUUCUGGAAUCGAUGGCCUCCGCAGACAUCUUAGCCUUCCUGAACCCAUCAAUGAAGAUCCUCAGGAUGGAAAACUCCAAAGACUGCCAAAAUCUCUUUCAGAAUCUGUAGACGCACUUGAAAAAGAUACUGCUCUGGAGAAGUUGAUUGGUGAAAAGCUUUUACUUGCUGUGAAAGGGGUUCGCAAGGCAGAGAUAAAUUACUACUCCCAGAAUAAGGAUGCAUACAAGAACCUGAUACACCGCUAUUAAGAUGAAGACGUUUUUCCACUUUUCAAGUACUCUGGAAAUUGACCUGACUUUAGCUUUUUUCCUAGUUUUUUUCUAAUGUCUGUAUUAUGGCAAGGGUGUGGUGGCUUUUCAGAGCUUUAAAAUAAUUGUCAGGAUACAAACAAGUUGGUAUACUGGUAUUCUCUAAGAUUAAAAACCAAAGUCAUUUGAUAUUUGACAUUCUCUGUUAGAGACAGACUUCUAAUCAUAAUGCAAGUUUCAUUUCUUCA